AUGGCCCUCACUUCGAGAGGCAGAGAGAUGAUCAGCAUCGUGUCAGUGUUGGUUGGUCUUUCCUUUAUUGCAGUCAUACUGCGCGCAAUUGCCCGACUGAAGCGAAGAGUACACUUUGGCGUUGAUGAUUUCCUUUCCUUUGCGUCGAUAAUACUUCUGCUCGGCAUGUUGAUCGAACUGGGCUUCUGGGUCACUAUUGGAGGCAACGGAGCCCAUCAAGAUAGCUUGAGCAAUAACACCAUGAAAAACUUCUACAAGAUCUUCCUUGCAAACCAAUUCACCUACUUCCUCCUCUGCCCCGUCAUCAAAAUAUCCAUCAUCUGUUUCUACCGCCGAGUCUUCACGACCAAGCCCUUCCAAUGGACCACUUUCGGCAUCAAUCUCCUUAUCACCGUCUGGGGGAUGGCUAUUUUUCUCGCCUGCGCGCUACAAUGCCGGCCACUGCGAGCCUACUGGGAUCACAGCGUGCCCGGCCAGUGCCUCGAUGGCAUGACGCUGAUCAUCGUCAACCAAGCCUUUAACGUGCUGAUGGACUUUGUGAUCUUGAUCCUUCCAAUCCCAAUGAUCUGGGGUCUCCACCGCGCCUGGCAGGACAAACUGGCCCUAAACGGGGUGUUUGCGCUGGGUACUUUUGUCUGCUUCGCCAGUAUCUACCGGAUCGUGGUUCUGUUCUGGAUCGAAAACGCCGACACCACUUAUACGGUCUACCACGCCACGCUUUGGACGCAUGUCGAGCCAUCAGUCGGCCUAAUCUGCUCCUGUCUUCCCAUCAUCCGCGGCUUGUUCCCGCGCUUCAAGCUGCCGUCUCACCGCCGCUACCGCACGGCGCCGUACUACAUUCCCACAGACGUCAGCACCUCGCAGUUUGUUGUCUCGGCCGGCGCCGUGGCCCACAAGUCCUCUUCUGGUGCCGCCGGCUCUUCCACCUCUGCUGCCGCGCGCGACUUCUACAAGAUGGAGGAGGGGCUGGGCGGUUCGCGCUCCACAUCGACGGACGAGCACGACGGGUCGUCAUCUAUUUUCACACAAACCCAGCACCAUCCCAUGGACAUUACCGUGCGCACGGAUAUUAAAGUCAGCGAGGAGAGUUCUAACACCCAUGUGUGA